AAUUCUUAACAACUUAAUCUGUUGGUAAUUUUACAAGGGACUGGUUCUUCUUCACCAUUUCCUCCAUUCCAUUUCUGUUCCUAUCCUAUCCUCGCCACACAGGAAUAUGUCCAUGGAUUUACAGUGGUUCAUAGCGUUUACCAAGAUUCUGGACAAGGAAUAGCGAUUUGCGAACGUAACAUUCCAAUAUUUGGACGGUUUGAUUUUUGUAUUUUGUGUUUUACAUGUUGUCUAAUCAUUUUCUUGUUAUCAUUCUGUGUUUACAAUUGGACGAUGCCAAUGGUAAUUAGUUUCAUGUCAUACUCAAAAUCCUCGAUUUUUGUUUUCAUUUUCCUUGAUUUUUAUAUGUAUAUAUAUAUAUACAUAUACAUAUAUUCUUGUUGACGACUCUCAUUUUGCUUACGCUAAUAGCCGAGCCGCGACGCGACUAUUGCUGUAAAAUGCCAUUUCCGUUGUCAAACGUCUAACUUACGCUUCUGAUUUGUAUUUCUCAUCUUGAAUGUUUGGCUCAUUAUGCUCUUCACUUGAUUCUCUUAUGGAAAAUUAUUGGUGUUCUUUGCCAUUUUGAACAGGUUUUAGAUGCUGGAACGCAAGUGUGGAGGAAUGAAUGACCGACCAACAGAGGAUUAGCCUGGAGGAGCAUAAUGCUGACGAGGAGACAAGAUGAAAACUAUCCCCGUAGCCUUGCAGAUAGUUCUCGGCUUACUUUACCUAGCACCACAAGUUCUAGCCAGGGAUCACUUCUUGAUGAUGUUGAUUCUUUGCAUGAUGUUUUCAUUUGGGGGGAAGGAUCUGGGGAUGGAUUGCUGGGUGGUGGUGUGCAUAGAAUGGGAAGCCCAUCUUCUGCCAGAAUGGAUGCGCUUUUGCCCAAGGCUUUAAAGUCUAGCAUGGCUUUUGAUGCUCGAAAAGUCUCUUGUGGAAGUACACAUGCAGUGGUAGUCACCAAACAACGGGCUGUUUAUAGUUGGGGAGAGGGAUCAGGUGGUAGGCUUGGGCAUGGAGUAGAAGCUGAUGUUUCAAUCCCGAAGCUUAUCAAAGAGCUCAGCAGAACAAACAUUGAACUAGUCGCAUGUGGAGAAAACCACACUUGUGCUGUAACACAAGCAGGCCAUCUUUACACCUGGGGUGAUGGUAUCCACAACUCUGGUCUUCUUGGUCAUGGGACUGAAGCCAGUUACUGGACUCCAAGAAAAGUAGGUGGUCAGAUUGAGGGUAUGCAUAUAUCAUUUAUCUCUUGUGGACCAUGGCAUUCUGCCGCAGCAACAUCAGAAGGUCUGCUGUUUACAUUUGGAGAUGGAACUUUUGGUGCCCUGGGCCAUGGGGAUAAUAGUGGCACAUAUUGCCCUAGAGAAGUUGAAGCUCUGAAAGGACUACGAACGGUUAAAGUAUCUUGUGGUGUUUGGCAUACCGCUGCCAUCGUAGAGGUUGAUCAUGAACCUUCAACUUCUGGUAGCUCGCCUGCUUGGAAACUUUUUACUUGGGGUAAUGGAGACAAAGGCCAACUUGGGCAUGAUGACAAGGAUCCAAGAUUUUUUCCCUCUUGCGUACUUUCACUAUAUGAUAAAAACUUUUGUCAAGUAGCAUGUGGCCAUAGUCUGACGGUCGCUCUAACCACCUCAGGACAGGUAUACUCAAUGGGAAGUGCUGAUUAUGGACAACUAGGGAAUCCUGAAAAUACUGGUAAUGUUCCUUUGUGCAUUGAAGGAAAACUCAAAGACAGUUGCAUAAAAGAAAUAUCAUGUGGUUCUCAUCAUGUUGCGAUUUUAAAUUCAAAAUAUGAGGUUUACACAUGGGGAAAGGGAGCAAAAGGACAGUUAGGCCAUGGGGACAACAAGGAUAGGAACAUUCCUACAUUACUUGAAGCUCUCCACGAAACACAAGUAAAAAGUGUGGUAUGUGGAUCCAAUUUCACAGUUGCCAUUUGUCUUCGCAAACAUGUGUGUGCUGUUGACCUUCCCAUGUGUUCAGGUUGUCAUGCACAAUUUAAUUAUAAAAGGAAGCGUCAAAACUGCUACAAUUGUGGGCUUGUUUUCUGUAAACCAUGUAGCAAUAGGAAAUCUUUGAAGGCUUCAUUGGCUCCAAACAUGGACAAGCCUUGUCGUGUGUGUGAAGAUUGUUAUUAUAGGCUUAAUAAGGAGGAAACAGAUAUGAAAUCGAGUUAUUUACCUCCCAAAGUCAGCAGGACAAAUACCAAUCACAGAUCAGGUCCAGAUAAUGAACGCAAGUCCUCGUAUCAUAAAUCACAAAGCCUACUUGCUCGGCUCUCCUCCUUAGAUUCAUUCAGACUUUCUGGUAACCAACAUUCAAAACCAGACACUUCACAGGAGUCAGGUAACAGUGGCGCACUUUCUCUACAUAAUCAAAGUCUCCAAAAGGAAUAUUCUUAUGCAUCAAAUUCAUCUCCAUUUGUAUUUGACCCGGGAAGAAUAGCAGCUUUCCUUCCAAGCGCAAUAGUCGGUUUUCAAGCACCAUCUCCCAUCUCCACAAAACCAAGUCCUAAUCACUCCAUGUCAUUUUCGUCUACUACCCUUUCUCUUGCAUUACCUGAAGCAAAAGGAGAUGAUUCCAAGAGAAAGAAUGAUGAUCCUAAAAAAGAAAUAUCUACUUUGAGGGAUCAGGUCGAGUAUCUUUCAAAGAAAGCUCAAAUCCUAGAAUCUGAGCUCAAAACAACAUCACUGCAACUGAAAGAAGCAACUAAACAAGCCAGGGAUGAAGGAGAGAAAAACAAAGUAGCAAAAGUAGAAAUAAAAUCUCUCACCACACAGUUAGAAGACCUGGCCAGAUUGGUAGGCCAGGGGUCUUCUCCGAUGUGCAGAGUGUCAGGUUCAUAUGCUGGAAAAACCUCCAGGACUUUUGGCCGAGCUUCUCUCAGAAGGCAAUGGACCCUUUAGAUAUCACUUACGUCCAAUGGACCGACAGUUUUGAAGGUAUGCAUUCUCUGUUUGCAGAUUAGUGGCCUACUGCAUUACUUGCUUGAUAGACUGAAGUUAAUAAUCCAUAUGUUAAUUUACAGACCCUUUAUUAUUAGUUACCAUUAUCAUCUAUUUCAAUCAACAAAGAGUUGUUUUACAAAAUAGAAACAUCAAAUAUGUAUAAUUUUCAUUUCAAUUCGAAUAUAUGGGCUCUAUUAUACUAACCCAUUUUUAUUCAUUUCUCAUGUCUAUUUGUGGUCUCAUCUCAUUUUCAUUCAUCAUGAAAAUGGCGCCUACAAAUAAACCAAAUGGAUGGAUGCAUCCUGGCCUGGCCAAUUGGUUGGACCGUAGGUGCGAUGAUUUACUUCACGGGCGGAACUUACCCGACAAGGAAUUUCGCUACCUUAGGACCGUUAUAGUUACGGCCGCAAAACAGUAGCUAUUGUCGGACACAUCCAUAAUGAUCAGUUGUGAUUCACCAAAUUCUAAUCCAAGCAUGUUAAAAUUUGAUCUUUGUAUCCAUGUCAAUGAGCUAAAAGUGCCAUAUGAUUGUAUCAUGUUCUUCCAAGUUUUGUUGUUGAAGCUAUCUCCAUUUUUGCUAGCUAUCCUAUCUAGUAAAUCAUCAAGAAGUUGUGCCAUUUGUAUGUACCCCAACCCCUUCUUUUUGUAGAAUACUCUUUCUGUGAGAAUAUAUGGAACCUUCAUAUUUACUCUCCAAAAGAGUCCUUUAAGAGAAAGGAGGUCCUCUCCAAAAGAGUCCUUUAAGAGAAAGGAGGUCCCAACUUAUAUAGAGGAGAACUUUAACAUGCCCCCUCCAAUGGAGGGAGGCUAAGUUGACACAAAUUGUCUCAGAGUGUUGAGAGGAAGCUAGACAUGUGAGAGGGCUAGACAAGUACAGAUUGCCCCAAAGUAUCGAGUCCUUAGAAUGAUAGACUUUGAUCCUGAUACCAUGUGAGAAUAUAUGGAACUCUUAGAUUUACUCCAAAAGAGCCUUUAGAAAAGAGGAGGUUCCAACUUAAAUAGAGGACUAAGAGGAGAAAUGGUUCAAGUCUAGCCAAGGUGGGACUCUAGCACAUCCUCUCGAACUAAGGCUAUGCGGAUACAAGUCACCCCAGAGUGUCGAGAGGGAGUUAGACAAAUGUUGAGUCUCUAGAAUGACAGACUUCGACUUGAUAUCAUAUGAUAACAUAUGGAACCCCUAGAUUUACCCUCCAAAAGAGUCAUUUAUGAGAGAAUGGAGGUUCCAACUAGGAAUGAUCCAAGUCUAAUUAACGUGGGACUCUCAACACUUCCUGAUUACAUAAAAAAACACGAUCUUUUUGCACAAAUAAACACAAUAUGGCAAAAUUUUGAGUCAAUAUGCCACUUUAGGUUAUUGCGUUAGAGUCUUAAGUUCAUUGUCGCCAAUUUGGGUCUACCUAGCAUGCUGCAACUUUUUUAAAAUGACCAUCUCUUCUCGAAUGGACCGACUUCCAAAUCCACAAUCCGUCACUUGAAUAAAAAGAAAGUGUUUGGUUAUAUGGCUGCAGAAGUAAUGAGAACACCCAUGCAGGUUGAUUUCUUCUAAAAGUACUCGGGAAACCACACCCAAAGAGGUGCAACUUUUGUUGUUUGUCUGUUGACAAACCGACUAUCAUCUUUUACUUUAACAUUCAUUUCAUUCUAGUUAAUUCAAUCGAGUCAGAAACUUUCUCACAGAACUGAUAAUGAUUUCUGGCAUUUCAUUUUUGGAGGUUCAACCCAAUU